CCCUCUCUCCCCUGAUCAAUUUAACCAUCGGUGUCUCUCAUUGUCUCGCUCCCUCCCCCAGCUUCUUGCCAUUUUCACUCCCAAGAUCUCCAUUUUCAAGCCUUUCAAUCAGCAGCUUGAAAAGGGGGGAGGAGUAGACUUUCAUCCCAGUGAUAGAGAGAGAGAGAGAGAGAGAGAGAGAGAGAGAGAGAGAGAGAGAGGCAAAAGGCAAUUAGCUUUCCUUUGUCUUCUUUCUUGUCUGCAACCUGCAAAACCAGAACACCAGACAAGCUUGGCCUCACUAUCCUUACAUGGAAAACACUCCCCUGCUCUGCUCCCUCCAAUAUAACCACCCCAGUUCGCCACUUAUCUGAACAGUCCCCACUACCCCUUUCUCACCCAGGAUUUUCAUUUUCGGGGCUCUCUGGGACUUCGCCAAUGGCUGAAGAUUUGGUUUUUCGCAGCAAAAAUGAGGAAUUUUGGGGGUUUUGAGUUGAUUUGGUGAAGCCAUCAUCUGCUUUCUUCAUCGAAUCUUGAAGUUAGUUUCCCCAGAUGGGUGUUCCUCCCUUGGGGUGCUGCAUUCUGUUCUUGGCAGUGUUCAUGUUCAUCAGUCCUCUGGGCUCUUCUCAGUUGCCCAACACGGAUGGCUUCUUUGUCUCUGAUUUCUUCCAGAAGAUGGGUCUCAGUCUCACGAGCUUCGGCUCCUCAGCCCCUGUUUGCUCAUGGCGAGGUGUCUCCUGUGACGCCAAUGGUGAGUUUGUGUUGCAGUUAAACGCCUCCAACUUCAACCUCUCCGGGUCAAUCCCCGACACCACCAUUGGUAAGCUCACCAAGCUCCAGUCUUUGGACCUCAGCGGUAACAGAAUUACUGGGCUUCCUUCAGAUUUCUGGAGCUUAGGCUCUCUGCAGAGUCUCAACCUCUCCAACAACUUGAUAUCGGGUUCUCUCCCCAGCAACGUUGGCAACUUCGGGUCACUCGAAAGCAUCGAUCUCUCGGGCAACAACUUCUCCGGCGAAAUCCCGGAAGCUGUUAGCUCUCUGCGCAAUCUCCAAGUCCUAAAACUUGAUAGCAACGGGUUCGAGUCUGACCUCCCGUUUGGAAUCCUGAGUUGUCGGUCUCUGGUGCUCCUGGACCUCUCCUCGAAUCGCCUCUCCGGGUCUCUGCCCAUGGGGUUCGGUUCGGCACUCCCAAAGCUGGAAACUUUAAACCUCGCAGGCAAUGCGAUCGAGGGACGAGACGCGGAUUUAUCGGGUAUGAAGUCGAUGAAAUAUCUGAAUGUGUCUCGGAAUUUAUUUCGUGGAUCGGUGAUGGGCUUCCUCACGGGGACGUAUGAAGUGGUUGAUCUGAGCAGGAACCAGUUUUCGGGUCACACUGCUGAGUUACAAUCCAACAUAAGCUCCAACUGGUCUCGUUUGGUGUUUCUUGAUUUGUCUGAGAAUCAACUUAGUGGGGAGAUUCUGCAUAGUUUCAGUGAAGCCCAGAAUCUCAGAUACCUCAAUUUAGCGGGCAACCGAUUUACCCAUCGGGAAUUCCCCCGAGUUGAAGUUUUUUCGGGUUUAGAGUUCCUCAAUUUAUCGAAAGCUAAUCUUAUUGGUGAAAUUCCUAGUGAGAUAUCGCAGCUGAGUAACUUGAAGUCACUUGAUCUCUCUGAUAACCAUCUCACUGGGCGAAUCCCGGUUUUGAGUAUUCGAAGUCUCGAAUCUCUUGAUCUUUCAAGGAACAACUUGAGUGGAGAGAUCCCACCUCCAAUCGUGAAGAAGCUCCCUUAUAUGGAGAAGUACAAUUUCUCCUUCAACAACUUGACCCUCUGUGCUAGUGAUUUUAAGCCUGAGACCAUCGAGAAGGCCUUCUUUGGGUCUACAAAUAGCUGCCCGAUAGCAGCAAACCCGGCACUGUUCCUAAAAAAAAAUUCUAAGCAUAAGGGGAUGACUAAACUUGCCCUGGCAUUGACCCUUUCUAUUAUGUGCUUGCUUCUGGGUUUACUGUUUCUCGUCUUCGGAUGUCGGCGGAAGAACAAAUCAUGGGCUGUGAAGCAAGCCUCUUACAAGGAAGAGCAGCAAAUCUCGGGCCCAUUCUCAUUCCAGACCGAUUCCACGACUUGGGUGGCAGACGUCAAGCAAGCUACAUCAGUUCCUGUAGUUAUUUUUGAGAAGCCAUUGUUGAACAUAACAUUUGCAGACCUCUUGUCUGCGACCUCUAACUUCGACAGGGGGACCCUCUUGGCAGAGGGGAAAUUCGGACCUGUGUAUAGGGGCUUCCUUCCUGGUGGGGUCCAUGUGGCUGUGAAGGUGUUGGUCCAUGGGUCCACGCUCACCGAUCAUGAGGCGGCCCGGGAGCUCGAGUACUUGGGGCGGAUCAAGCACCCAAAUCUUGUUCCCUUGACGGGGUACUGCCUUGCCGGGGAGCAGAGGAUUGCAAUUUACGAUUACAUGGAGAAUGGAAACUUGCAUAGCCUGCUGCACGACUUGCCCCUCGGGGUGAACCUGACCGAGGACUGGAGCAACGAUACCUGGGAAGACGACUAUGAUGGUAAUAAUAGUGGGAUCCGCAAUGUGGGACCUGGUGGUAUACUGAUGACAUGGAGGUUCCGCCAUAGGGUUGCCUUGGGCACAGCCAGGGCACUGGCAUUCCUCCACCACGGGUGCUUCCCCUCAAUCAUACACCGGGACGUGAAGGCAAGCAGCGUCUACCUUGAUUACAAUCUUGAACCGAGGUUGUCUGACUUUGGGCUCGCAAAGGUCUUCGGCAACGAAUUAGAUGAAGAGAUUGCCCGUGGUUGCCCCGGGUAUUUCCCGCCAGAAUUCUCAGAGCCAGGAGAAACUCCGACCGCAAAGUCUGACGUUUACUGCUUUGGUGUUGUCCUGUUUGAGCUGAUAACUGGAAAGAAGCCCGUGGGUGAUGAUUACCCUGAGGUGGAUGCAAGUAACCUAGUGAGUUGGGUCAGAGGAUUCGUCCGGAAGAGUCAAGGGUCGAGGGUCGUUGAUCCAAAGAUUCGGGAUACAGGCCCUGAUGAUCAGAUGGAGGAGGCUCUCAAGAUUGGUUAUCUCUGCACAGCAGAUCACCCCUCAAAACGGCCGAGCAUGCAGCAGGUAGUUGGUCUUCUAAAAGAUAUGGAACCAGUUAAUUAGUUUAGACGUCUCGCGAAAAAAGAGAGAACAAAUGAGUUUGAUGUUGGUUAAUUUGCUUGCUAUGUUUCCAUCGAGUUAUUUGAUUUGAUGCUGCAAUGGAGGGAAUCUGUACAGUCCAAUGCUUCCGAAAUCUCUCCGAUUCCGGGAUUUCGAAUCUCUUGCUUUUUGGCUUUUGCUGUCUUCCAUUGUUAAAGCAUCAAAGCUUUAAUUUAUGUGAACAGAAGAUUGCUUCCCAGAUAGAGUUUCACUAAGCAAGUUUUUUGUCUUCCUAAAUGGUACUUUUCUCUCUUUGGAGUA